UGUAUUCUUUCCUGAUUACCUCUUGUGAAUAAAUUUAUUCUUUCUCAGGGGGAGAAAGUGUUUUUUUGUUUUUGUUUUUCUCACACCCAAGUAUGGGGCAGGUCAAAGGGAGGAUAUGUUCAGAGGUGGAGCAUUGUUCAGGGGUGGAAAAGAAGCCUUGGUCAUGUGAUGCUCACAAAGCUGCCUGGAUGCUUUGAGGGAAAACAUGGCCCUCACAUUGGUAACGUUGUUCAUCACCAGCCUGUUUGCUUUUGCUUAUUUACAACCAUUGUCUUUACUGGAAGAGGACUAUCAGUUCAAACAGUGGAUGUCACAUCACAACAAAGUGUAUGACACCGAAGAGUACUUCCGUCGCCUCCGCAUCUUCACUGAGAACAAGAAGAUAGUUGAUGGCCACAAUGCCGAGACUCACUCCUUCACGAUGGGCCUGAACCAGUUCUCAGACAUGACAUUUGAAGAAUUUAGGAAAUUCUUCCUCCUGCAGGAGCCUCAGAACUGCUCGGCCACUAAGGGGAAUCAUGUCGGCAGGAGUGGCCCUUAUCCCAAAUCUGUAGAUUGGAGGACUAAGGGCAACUUUGUGACACCAGUGAAGAACCAGGGUCACUGUGGAAGCUGUUGGACCUUCUCUGCGACGGGAUGUUUGGAGUCAGUGAAUGCCAUUGCCACCGAAAAGCUAAUAUCUCUGUCGGAGCAGCAGCUGAUAGACUGUGCGCAGGGCUUCAACAAUCAAGGAUGCAUGGGUGGGCUUCCAAGUCAGGCGUUUGAGUACAUCAAGUACAGCAAGGGUCUCAUGACAGAAGAGGACUAUCCCUAUAAAGGCUAUGAUGACACCUGCCACUUCGACCCCGCCCUUGCCGCCGUUUUCGUCCACGAUGUCGUCAACAUUACAAGUUAUGAUGAACAGGCCAUGGUGGACGCCGUGGCCCGGCUUAACCCUGUGACUUUUGGCUUUGAGGUGACCGACGACUUCAUGCAAUAUAAAGACGGUGUUUAUACCAGCACUCUGUGUAAGAACAAGGCCGACUCGGUCAAUCACGCCGUCCUGGCUGUGGGUUACGGUGUUGAUGACGGUGCGACACCAUAUUGGAUCGUGAAGAACUCCUGGGGUGCCACCUGGGGAACGGACGGAUAUUUUCUGAUCGAGCGAGGAAAGAACAUGUGCGGACUGGCAACCUGCGCUUCUUACCCACUUCCUUUGGUUUGAGAAAUAACAUGCAGGAAUUCCUGUAGAAUAAAAACCGCAAGGGAAUAAGCAAAUAUGAAUAUAAUGUUACCAAGGCGGCGGCACGGUGGACAACUGGUUAGAGCAUCUGCCUCACAGUUCUAAGGACUGGGGUUCAAAUCCCGGCCCCGCCUGUGGGGAGUUUGCAUGUUCUCCCCGUGCCUGUGUGGGGUUUCUCCGGGCACUCCGGUUUCCUCCCACAUCCCAAAAACAUGCAUUUAGAUUCAUUGAAGACUCUAAAUUGACCGUAGGUGUGAAUGUGAGUGCGAAUGGUUGUUUGUUUAUAUGUGUCCUGUGAUUGGCUGGCAACCAGUUCAUGGUGUACCCCGCCUCCUGCCCGAUGAUAGCUGGGAUAGGCUCCAGCACUCCCCCUUGUGAGGAUAAGCGGCUCAGAAAAUGGAUGGAUGGCUGUUAACCUCAAAACACUCUGUUAUGUGCCUUUCUGCAUCAUGGAUGUAUUCUACUACUAAAUUGUCUUUUUUUCCCCCCAUACUUUUACUCAAGAAAUACACAAUUGAGUCCGAAUACUGGUCAUAAACCUUCCUGUUAGCACAGUGAAGCUGGCUUGUAUUGAUGGAUGUAAUGCAACUACUAAUAUUGUGUAAAACUCUCAAACGACUGGUUUUAUAAAUGUAAAAAAAGAAAUACCUACCGUCUGUACAGGUAUGUCAAAUUUAAAAACUCAAGCCCUGUAUUUUUCUCUCAUGAUGUGAUGAGUUUUUGUCUCUUCACUUUGACAUUGGAUCAUUUCGUUUUCCAUUUGUUUGGGAUUUUGUGCUAAUCUGCUUUUUGGAUGAUCAGUGUCCCCGUCUGCGUGUUCUGUCUUUAUUUCUGCAUGCUCUCAUCAGCCCCCUUGUGUCAACGGUCAACCAUUUAUCCCCCUCCAGCCACUCAUGCCUUGUCCUGGUGUGCCUCGUUGUCACGACCAUUGUCAAAUGUUGUUCACUUUCUACCCUGUUUUUUGGACUUUAAGUCCAUCCAUCCAUCCAUUUUCACUAGGGUCGCGGGCGUGCUGGAGCCUAUCCCAGCUAUCAUCGGGCAGGAGGCGGGGUACACCCUGAACUGGUUGCCAGCCAAUCGCAGGGCACAUAGAAACAAACAAACAUUCGCACUCACAGUCAUGCCUACGGCAAUUUGGAGUCUCCAAUUAAUGCAUGUUUUUGGGAUGUGGGAGGAAACCGGAGUGCCCGGAGAAAACCCACGCAGGCACGGGGAGAACAUGCAAACUCCACACAGGCGGGGCCGGGGAUUGAACCCGGGUCCUCUGAACUGUGAGGCUGACGCUCUAACCAGUCGCUCACCGUGCCGCCUGGACUUUAAGUAUUUUACUUUUUUUUUUUGCUCUUGCUACGCUCUACCAUUGUUUGUUGUUUUUUUGAAAUAAAACCUUUUUGAGAUACCCUUGAA